CUUCAUCUUAUUCUAUUAUUACCGUUGUUUAGGGGAUUCAGAUUUCAUUCACACACACACACCAGCAUUUCAUCAAACCCAGUUCUUGUUUUUGGAUUCUCACUGUGAAAAACUGGUCCUGUUUAAAGUUGACGAGUCAGUCAGAGUGUCAGAAAGAAACAUCAUGGGUGGAAUAUAAUGCCAAGAAGUACCCACUUAGAGAGAGAGAGAGAGAGUGUGUCAAUGGGGUACGGUGUUUCACUGUUUUUGUACCACAGCUGCUUGUUGUGAAGCUCCCAUUGCCAGAUUCCAUGUUUUUGGGGUGUGCCUGAUCCAAAACAGAUUCAACUUCGGUGGUUUUUGUAGUUUUCUUCAUGCCCAUUUGCUUAGUUCAAUGAUUUUGGAUCUCAAACUGAUUAGUGUUUAUUCACCCUGAAGUUUGUUUCACUUGUUGGAUUGUUGGAGCUGCUGGAACAAGAAGUUAUAUAUACAAUUAGAAGAUACUGGAGCUGUGUGAAUCCAAUUGAGCAGGCAAAAGAGGAGAACUGAUUUAAGAGUCUUGAAUUAGAUCGAAAUUAGUGGUGGGAGCGUGUAUAAAUAAGAAUAGCCGGGCCUGGAUCGUGUAUCAGACUUUUGCAGUUUUGCAAAAACAAAACCAGCUGUGCUGUUGUUCUUAGCUGGAGCUAUGGCAACCCUGUUACAGUCUGAGUCAAGGCGCUUAUAUUCUUGGUGGUGGGAUAGCCACAUUAGCCCAAAGAAUUCAAAAUGGCUUCAGGAUAAUCUUACAGACAUGGAUGCCAAAGUCAAAGCAAUGGUCAAGCUUAUUGAAGAGGAUGGAGACUCAUUUGCGAGGAGGGCCGAGAUGUACUAUAAGAAGCGUCCAGAACUCAUGAAAUUAGUUGAGGAGUUCUAUCGAGCAUAUCGUGCAUUGGCAGAGAGGUAUGAUCAUGCGACGGGGGAGCUACGCCAGGCCCAUAAAACCAUGGCAGAAGCAUUUCCCAACCAAGCACCUUAUUUGCUAGCUGAUGAUUCACCAUGUGGUUCUUCAGGCCCUGAGGCUGAGCCGCAUACUCCAGAAAUGUCAAAUCAAAUUCGGGCAUUCUUGGAAUCAGUUGACCUGCAGAAAGAUGCAUUUGGGUUUUCUUCAAUCCACAAUGCUUCAAAAAAGAAUGGAGGGGGUUUAGAAGAAUCUGAUGAUGGUCUGAGCAGAAAGGGUCUGAAGCAGCUGAAUGAGCUUUUCGGGCUAUCGGCGGAAAAACAUAUUGUGAAGACCCAUAACCAUUAUGAGUCUGAGCAUGCCGGGAGAGCAGAAAAAGAGGUUGAAACCUUAAGGAAAACCCUCGCAGAUAUACAGUCAGAGAAGGACUCUGUUUUUCUUCAGUAUCAGAAGAGCUUGGAGAAGUUAUCUGAGAUGGAUAGAGAGCUUAAUAAGGCAAAAAAUGAUGCUGAAGGCCUUGAUGAGCGCGCAAGCAAAGCUGAAAUCGAAGUCAAAAUAUUGAAGGAAGCCCUGGCUGAGCUAAAAUUUGACAAGGAGGCUGGUCUAGUUCAAUACAUCCAGUGUCUGGAAAGGAUAGCUAGCCUGGAGAGUAUGUUAUCUUUGGCCCAGCUGGAUGCAGAGGGACAUGAUGAAAGGGCUGCUAAAGCAGAAACUGAAGCUAAAAAUCUUAAGCAAGAACUUGCUAAACUGGAGGCCGAGAAGGAUGCAGGUCUUCUUCAAUAUAGAAGAUCUCUUGAAAAGAUUUCCGUUUUGGAGGUUAAGAUUACCCUUGUUGAGGAGAAUUCCAGGAUGCUAAAUGAGCAAAUUGGAAGAGCAGAGCUAGAGAUUAAAGCACUGAGGCAAAGUCUUGGUGAAAUGAAUAAAGAGAAAGAAGCUGUAGCUUUCAAGUACAAGCAGUGCUUGGAGAAAAUAUCUGCAAUGGAGAGUGAGAUUUUGCAAGCCCAAGAAACUUGUGAUCGACUAAAUAGGGAAAUAGAGAUAGGCACUGGUAAACUAAACGCUGCUGAAAAACAUUGUGAUAUGUUGCUGAAAUCUAAUCAAUCUCUUCAGCAAGAAGCUGAAAAUCUAGUGCACCAGAUUUCUAUGAAAGAUCAAAAACUUCUAGAGAAGCACACGGAGUUAGAAAGGCUGCAGACUCUCAUGAAUGAAGAGCAUUCUCAUUUUCUUGAAAUUGAAUCUACUCUGCAUUCUCUGCAGAAGUUGUAUUCUCACUCACAAGAGGAGCAAAGAUCUCUUGCUUUGGAGCUUAAACAUGGCUUUCAGCUAUUGGAAGACUUAGAGGUAUCCAAACAAGGUUUUAAAGAAGAAAUGCAACAUAUUGUGGAGGAAAGCAGGGCUUUGCAUGAAAUUAACUUCACUUCGACGGGGAUGUUAAAAAAUCAGCAGACAGAAAUUUCCAAGUUGAAGGAGAUCAAAGAGAAGCUUGAACGAGAGUUUGCCAUGAAAGUUAAAGAAAGUGAUUCCUUGCAGCAGGAAUCUCAUCAAAUAAAGGAUGAAAUCCAGGGCUUGAACAGCAGGUAUCAGGCUAUACUGGAAGAACUGUGGUCUGUAGGUCUGAAUCCUAAAUGUUUUGCUGCAUCUGUCAAGGAUUUAAAGAAUGAGAACUCAAAGCUAAAGGAGGUAUGUGAGAUGGAACGGGGUGAAAAAGAAUCCCUUCGUGAAAAGUCAAAGGACAUGGAUAAUCUUUUGAGUGAAAAGGCCUUUAUGCAAAGUUCCCUGUCAAGUUUGAAUGAUGAGGUAGAGGGAUUAAGAGAUACAGUGAAGAAAUUUCAAGAGUCCUGUCAUGUUCUGAAGGAAGAAAAAUCCAUUCUUGUUGCUGAGAAAUCAUCCUUGCUUUCACAGUUGCAAAUUAUCACUGAAAGUAUGCAGAAGCUAUUGGAGAAGAAUACCUCGCUGGAGAAGGCCCUCACUGAUGCAAAGAUUGAGCUUGAAGGUUUAAGGGCUAAAUCAAGUAGCUUGGAAGAAUUCUGCAAUUCGUUGAAAAAUGAGAAGUGUAGCCUUAUAAAUGAAAGAAGCAUCCUGGUAUCUCAAUUGGAGAGCGUUGAAGCAAAACUAAGUAACCUGGAGAAAAAGUUUACAAAACUAGAAGAAAAAUACUCUGAUAUGGAGAAAGACAAAGAAAGCAGAGUCAAUCAAGUAGAUAAACUUCAUGAUUUGCUUUUGGCACAAAAAGAAAAGCAUGCUAAUCAUAAACAUUCAAGUGAAUCCCGAUUGGCGAAUUUGGAAAAUCUUGUUCUUCGGCUUCAAGAAGAUCACCGAUUGGGGAAGGCAGAAUUUGAAGAAGAAGUAGAUAAAGCUGUAAAUGCUCAUGUUGAGAUGUUUAUUUUGCAAAAAUGUAUGGAAGACUUGGAGCAGAAGAACGCAGGCUUAAAGUUCGAGUGCCAAAAACACAUUGAAGCAUCAAAAAUUUCUGAUAAACUUAUUUCUGAGUUGGAGAGUGAAAAUCUUAUGCAACAGAUGGAGCUAGAGUUCUUGGUUGAUGAAAUUAGAAAGUUCAAAAUGGGGAUUCAUCAAGUGUUUGGAGCUCUUCAGUUUGAUCCAGAUAAGGUGCAUGGCAAGAGGAACAAGCAUGAGGAAAUUCCUAUAUCACAUAUUUUGUAUAAUAUUGAGGGUUUGAAAGGUUCUCUUGUGAAAACCCAAGAGGAGAAGCAGCAGCUAAUUAUAGAGAAUUCAGUCCUUCUUACUGUUCUUUCACAACAAGAAUCAGAAGGAGAAGAACUGGAGUCCAAGAAAAGAGUCCUAGAGCAAGAGUUUGAAAGCACAAGAGAGCAGCAUGCAAUGUUACAGAAAGUCAAGCUUGAACUUCUGGAGAUGAACAAGCAACUAAGCUCUGAAGUGAUCAAGGGAGAAGAAAGGGAGAAUAUGUUGAAGUCCAAAUUGGACGCCCUUCAUAUGGAGUUGGGAGAUUUGCAAAGAACUAAUCUUGUGUUUCAGGAAGAAAAUUUCAAGGUACUUGAAGAGAAAAAAUCACUACUUAAGAGUGUUUUGGACCUCAAAGAUGCCAAGUUUGCUGUUGAAGAUGAGAACAGUGAGAUGUUCCAUGAGGCACUGACUCUAAAAAACCUUUGUUUGGUUUAUGAGAGCUUUUUCUCUGAGAAGUUGUUGGAACAAAAAGUACUUGCUGAACAUCUAAGUGAUCUUCGCUGUGUGAACAAUGACCUCAAACAGGAGCUUGGUCUGUUAAGGAAAAAGUUUGAGGUGAAAGAAUCAGAGAAUGUUUACCUGACAGAGUCAAUUGAGAGGAUGGACAAAGAUCUGCAGGAAGUUAAAAAUUCAAAUGACCAUUUAAGUAGUCAAAUUGAAGGUUCAGAGCAUCUUCUUAACAAGAAAGAAAUGGAACUGUUAGAAAUGGAGGAAAGGCUAAAGGCUGCGGAAAUGUUGAAUGCAGAGUUUUGCAGAAAUGUGGAAAAAUUGAAAAUGGAUCAAGAAGAAUCAAGUCUGAUCAAUGAAAACCUUGAGAAGCAGAUUCUUGAACUAUCAGAAGGUUGCAUGAAUCACAAAAAAGAAAUUGAACUCCUUAAUGAAGCAAAUACAAGUUUCCUGUCAAAGAUGAGAUUAUUACACCAGGAGGUUGAACAACAGAAGGCUAGAGAAGAAACAUUGAGUUCAGAGCUGCUGGAUAAAACAAAUGAAUUUCAACUUUGGGAGGCUGAGGCUGCUACAUUCUAUUUUGAUCUUCAGAUUUCAUCCAUCAGUGAAACACUGUUGGAAAAUAAGGUCAAUGAGCUUACUGGAGUUUGCCUGAAACUUGAAGGUGAAAGUGCUACAAAAAGCUUGAAGAUUGAACAAAUGACGGAAAGAGUCAGUGUACUGGAAAGUGAAGUUGGAGGACUUAAGGGACAAUUAUCUGCAUAUGCUCCAGUCAUUUGUUCUUUGAAAGAAGAUUUUGCUUCUUUAGAGCACACUGUCCUUCGAACAAAGAGAAGGACUGUUGUAUGUGAUUGGGAACAAAAGGAGUCGGUAAUUGCAACUUGUCUCCAAGAAAAUAGCUAUCAAAGUCUAACUGAAAGUAACAGUACUUUGAUACCAGAUGGCGUUUCAGAUUUGCUGAGUAUGAAGGCAAGGAUUAGAGAAGUUGAGAAGUGCAUGGUGGAAGAAAUUGAAAGACAGGUCAAGGAAGAGAAUCAAACCACUAAAGCUAAUCCAGGAGCUCUGACAAAAGUGACUGAAGAUGCAAAUGACAAGAGGAAAGUAGAGAAGCAACUCAAGGAGGAGAGCACGUGGAGAGCUAAAUCUGAAAAUGGCUCAAUGAUGAAAGAUAUUCCUCUUGAUCACAUCUCAGACAAUCCAGCCUCUAAGAAUCGAAGGAGAGAGAAUAGUGGAACUGAUGAUCAGAUGCUCGAAUUAUGGGAAACUGCUGAGCAGGAUUGCCCUGAUGGUUUAAUGGUUAGUGACGCAAUGAGAAAGAGUUCUGUUCCAACAGAGGAUGUUAUCAUGGCACAUCAGUCAGAUAAUUCAGGUAAAAUCCUAAAUACUUCUUCAGAAUUGGAUGCAGAAAAGGAAUUGGGUGUUGACAAGCUUCAGUUGUCAAGAAGUAUAAAAGACAGAACUCAAGAUGGAAGCAAGAGGAGAAAGAUAUUGGAGAGGCUCACCUCGGAUUCGCAGAAAUUGUCCGCUCUUAAGAUGACUAUGCAAGAUUUGAAAAAUAAAAUGGAGACAAAGAAGAGAGGCAAGAAGGGAGAUGACACUGAAUAUGAAACAGUCAAAAGACGAGUAGAAGAAGUCGAAGGAGCUCUUGUGAAAUUAGUUGAUACUAAUGCUCAGCUGACAAAGGAUAUCAACGAGAGCGCCCCGAGUUUGAGCAGGCAGACUUCAGCUGAGAUGGAAAAGAGCAGACACAUCCAGAGAAAGAGAGUGACAGAGGAGGCUCGAAAAGGUUCUGAGCAUAUAGGAAGAUUGCAGUUUGAAGUGCAGAACAUCCAAUAUGUUCUGCUGAAAUUGGCUGAUGAAAAGAAGAGUAAGGGGAAAGGCAGAUUCUCUGGAAAAACAGUGGUGUUGCUGAGGGACUUCAUUCAACAUGGCAGGAAAAGUAGCAAAAAACACAAUAAAGGGUGUUUUUGUGGAUGCUCAAGGCCUUCAACUAAUGAAGAGUAAGGAAAUCUAGAGUCAUUAUGUUGUAAGUACUUUGUUGGGAUGUUUCUAAUCUAGCAUUUAUGAAUUCUUAAUUUUAGCUGUUAAGAAUGGGAGGUUAGGCUUUAUGAGUUCAUAGUACUUAUUUCAGAUCUAUAUGUAUUAGCUGAGUUUAUGACAUUUUAGCUAAGGAGUUGUGCUGUCAUAUUUUUGACCCUGUUAAAGCUAUGAAAGCAUGGACCACGAGUUAUCAAGUUUAUCACUUUUCAACA